AUGGAUACUUCAUUACCCGAAGAAUCGAUUCCAGAGGUGAUUGCAAAGCAAUCGGUAUCAGCUGUUAAUAUAUUCGUUAUGGACCAAUGUGAUCAGACGUCCUUAGAAGAUAAGGAAACAGAUGCUUUCUUGGAUGAAGUGCAUAAGAAAAAGAUUAGUGAUGAGAUUAGGCAACGCAAUAGGGAGAAGAAACUUCAAGCCCAAGAGUCUCUUCCAAUAUCUCCUGAAGAGAAAAGGCCUCAAGUUCUCGACUCGAUUACUCAGCCAUGUAAUAGCAUAUCAUCGGAAGUAUCAGCUAAUUCAGAUGGCGAGGAAGUACCUCCAGAAGAAAAGAUAUGUAGUGAACAGGAUUCAAAGUGCAAGAAGGGGAAGGGUGUGAAUAAGCUUAAGCAAGAAUUAUUUGCUCCGGAGUUGUCUACACAAGAUUCAUCAAUAGAACAAAAUUAUGUGACUGAAAUUUCUGAGACAUUAUGUCCCGGAAAACUUACCUCUGGUAACGAAUCUAGCAUUGAUGAGGCCUCACAUUAUCUAGCUCAGUUAUGUGAUAAAGCUUUUGAUGCUGAAGAUAAAGCAAAUCGAGCUAAUCAGGAAGAAAUUUUAUGCUGGUGCCUCUAUGCGAAGGAUUUCAUAAUUCGGCUCAAUGGAAUUAUAGAAAAUAGUGGAGGUAAAUUCGGUGAAAAGAAGGCAAGAGGCUUACUGUAUGAUUCCAUUACAAAACAGCUUAAUUUGCUUUGUAAACAGAGAUCCCAAGAAAUGGGGUUACAACUUCGAGAUGGAGACAAUGAUGAUGAUUUUGAUAAAAUUCUGAUGGAAGCUUUUGAGGAAGAAGAGGCUAGGAUAGAGAAAAAAAGACAGAACAAAACGUCAACAAAUGUAGAAACUCCAGCUAAGGCAAAUGUCCACAAUGAUGACGACUUCAAUUCAGACUCGAACCACCCAAUCCACGACAUUCUCUUGCGUGAAGAAAUUGCUCGAUUAGAGCGAAUCUCUAAUUCUCCAGGCUAUUACUAUGAUUUAAGUAGUGGAAAAAAAACUUAUAAAAAUUCAGAUCAUUUAAUUAGCGCAUAUUAA